AUGAUCCGGAGACAGAGACGUGCUGUGCAUCUCGUGGAACGAACUGCGACAAGGGAUACGACUGCGUCGAGCCAUCAGGUUGCUGUCCAUCAGGAACGAUCCCUUGCGGCACGGAGCAUUGUUAUGACCCGGAGACAAAAAUCUGCUGUGGCAAUGGAGGAAGCUGUCCCAAGUCUGGUACAUGCCAUGAAAGCGGAGGAUGUUGUCCCGAUCACCAACGUGGUUGUGGAGAAGAUAAAUGCUACGAUCCGUCAUCCUCAAUCUGCUGUACAGAUGGUGAUGAUUUCUGGGCCUGUAGAAAAGGGGAAUCGUGCUGCCUGGCUUCGAAGAGCUGUUAUCGUCCCAAGACGGAAAAGUGCUGCGAGAGCGGAGCGUGUCCUGACUCUGGCAGUUGCUGUGGGAAGGAAUGCUGUUACGAAAACCAGAGGUGUGGCCGAAAUGGGUAUUAGACCUAUUCAGGCAGCGCUCCUACCUCAGGAAGCGGUGGCUCGGAACCCGGAUCAAACUCCGGCGGACCUCUUCUGA